GCGCGGCCCGGGCGGCUCCUCAGCAUCUAGGUGGAGGCGCGCCGGCCCUGGCCGGGCGCCGCCCCGAAGGAAGCGACCGCGACUCUUUCAAGCGCCCGGAGAACCACUUUCGGGGAGCCGGUGAUGAGCCCCGGGGGAGCCGCAGCAGCCGGGCCGCGCUUCCGACGGGCCGCAUGAUCGCCGCGCCGGGCGAGCGGGCGCGCACAGCUGGGGGCCCUGAGGCCGGAAAGCGCCGAGCCCCGCUCAGCUGUGGGCCCGGGGGCGUGGCGAGGCCGCCCGGCUUCUGUUUUCCCCCGGGCCGGGGCAGCUUUCGGUUUCGUUUCCAGCUGGCCUCUCCACCCCGCGGAAGCCGCCGCACCAGCCCGCGUCGGCCGCCGCUGGCGUCGCUCCGGUCCGCGGUCCGCCGGGCAGCGGCCCCCGCCGCCGCUGCCAUGGCCCAGGCCGCCGUGCUCCGCGAGGUGACCCAGGUGCUGUGCGCGGCCGGGGGCGCCCUGGAGCUGGAGGAGCUGCGGCGCCGCGUGCGGGACGGCGUCGGCGCGGACGCGCUGGAGCGGCUGCUGCGGGAGCGCGGGCGCUUCGUGGUGGCGGCGCGGGCGGGCGCGGGCGGCGCGGCGGCCCCCGAGCGCGUGGUGCUGGCCGCCUCGGCGCUGCGCCUGUGCCGCGAGCACCAGAGCCCCAAGCCGGGCUGCGCCGGGCUGUGCGCGCAGCUGCACCUCUGCAAGUUCAUGGUCUACGGCGCCUGCAAGUUCCUGAGGGCCGGGAAGAACUGUAGGAACAGUCACAGCUUGACCACCGAUCACAACCUGAGUGUGCUGAGAACUCAUGGUGUGGACCACCUCAGCUACAGUGAGCUCUGCCAGCUCUUGUUUCAGAACGACCCCUGGCUUUUGCCGGAUAUCUGCCUUUACUACAACAAAGGAGAUGGACCCUACGGCUCUUGUACCUUUCAAAAGCAAUGUAUCAAACUUCACGUCUGCCAGUAUUUUUCACAGGGUGAAUGCAAAUUUGGCACCGGCUGUAAGAGAUCUCAUGAUUUCUCUAAUUCUGAGAAUCUGAAAAAAUUGGAGAAGUUGGGUAUGAGCUCAGACCUGGUGAGGAGGCUGCCUUCCAUUUACAGAAAUGCUCAUGACAUCAAGAAUAAGAGCUCUGCCCCUAGCAGAGGACACCUUCCUCCCCCAAGCCCACAGGGGACUUCAGAAAGAAGAGACAGUUCAGGUUCUGUGUCCUCAAACCCUGCUAACCAAGAGGAGAGCGAUCAGAUCUGCUUGUACCAUAUCUGGAAAAGUUGUAGCUUUCAAGAUAAGUGCAAUAAAGUUCAUUUCCAUUUGCCAUAUCGUUGGCAAUUCUUGGACAGAGGCAGUUGGAAGGAUUUGGACAAAAUGGAGAUUAUUGAAGAGGCAUAUUGCGAUCCCAGAAGAGACAGGAUCCUAUGUGCUGAGUCGGCCAGUAACUUUCACCUUGAUUAUCUGAACUUUGACUCCAUGAUGUUUGGUGCUGCCCAGGCUCGUCGCCUCUCCACGGCCUCCUCAGUCACCAGACCUCCACACUUCAUUCUCACCACUGACUGGGUUUGGUACUGGAUGGAUGAAUUUGAUUCUUGGCAGGAAUAUGGAAGACAAGGCAUGGAGCACCCUGUGACCACUGUCAGCAGCAGCGAUUUGGAGAAGGCCUACCUAGCCUACUGUACACCGGGGUCUGAUGCCCAGGCAGCCACUCUGAAGUUCCAGGCCGGAAAGCACAAAUAUGAGUUAGACUUCAGAGCCUUCGUUCAGAAAAACCUGGCUUAUGGUACAGUCAGAAAAGUUUGCCGAAGACCCAAAUAUGUGUCUCCCCAGGAUGUGAAGGUGAAACAAACCUGCAGCGUCAGGCUUCAAGGUCCAAAGAGCUUCCCAGACCAUUGGGACCCUUCAGCCCUGCCGGACCCCGGCUUUAAGCGGAUUGCCCUCAGUUCUUCCUCAGAGGAGUAUCAGAAGGUCUGGAACCUCUUUAACAACACACUGCCUUUCUGCUUCAUUCAGAAGAUCGAGCGAGUCCAGAAUCUGGCCCUCUGGGAAGUCUACCAGUGGCAAAAAGGGCAGAUGCAGAAGAGAAACGGAGGGAAGACGGUAGAUGAGAGGCAGCUAUUCCACGGCACCAGCGCCAGUUUCGUUGAUGCCAUUUGCCAGCAGAACUUUGACUGGCGGAUCUGCGGUCUUCAUGGCACAUCCUAUGGCAAGGGAAGCUACUUUGCCCGAGACGCUGCGUAUUCUCACCACUACAGCAAAUCUGACACGAAGUCCCACAUGAUGUUUCUGGCUCGGGUGCUGGUGGGCGAGUUCACCCGGGGCAACUCCUCCUUUGUCCGCCCCCCGGCCAGAGAGGGCCAGAGCAACGUCUUCUAUGACAGCUGUGUGAACAGCAUGUCCGACCCCUCCAUCUUCGUGAUCUUCGAGAAAUACCAGGUCUACCCGGAGUAUGUCAUCCAGUACACCACCUCUGACAAGCCUACGGCCGGGGCCUCCGCCCUGCUCUCCAUAGCGUCUUUCUUUGGCAGCCGGUAGUGAGCACAGGAGGAUGUUUUUUAUGCCGUUCAGGCUUGUCUUCCUUGAAAUAGCUAUUUGGGAAAGUUUUUUUUUUUUUUUUUUUUUUUAAACAAACUUUUAAUGAACUGUUUGUUGACUUCCCGAUGAAGUUACAUUCUUAAUCUCUUGCUGACAAUAGUUUUCACUUUUAAGUCACUUUUGGGCUUGCUAGUGGACUAACCAGUAGUGAUUAUAGGUGAGCCCGUUAUUGCUUUUUACUAGUGGGUUGAAGUUUUAUUUUUUACUCUCUUUGUUGACUUUGCUGCUGAUUGGCACCAGGCACAGAGUUUCCAGGUAGUGUUUUAUGGAUUGGUUUUAAUUUUUAAGAGUUUAUCUCUCCAAUGAUUCGGUUUUUCACAGUCUCGGUGGCAUCUUGUUUUAUUUUUUGUCAGAAUGACACAGUAGCAAUCAGUAUAUGGAAACCUAUAUUGUGGGCCUAGGGAGGCACAGUCACUGUGGCUGUUGCUUUGGCUCUAAUCCAGGUGACUCUUCUGCUGCCUCUCCUGGGCUUCUGGCCUUGGAAUUGGCCCAUAUAUCACAUUGUUAGAACAAGUGGCUACUGUGUGAUGUCAUUGAGUCCUUGUCUGUUUCCCUUUGUCCUGGUUGCGGUUAGUGUCAUCCAGAGGAAGCACAUUCACCCUGGCCAGUGACGUGGAUGAGUGGCUCCCCCUGAGGACCUCCAGGCUUGGCCCAUGAAUGCCAUCCCUGCACCUCCUAAGUGCACUGGACACCCCCUGAAUAUGGGUUUUAUGUCCCCAUGAGAUUUGAAUAUCUGUGCUGCAAAUGUCACAACAGAGUAUGGAAAUAAAAGAAUAUUUGUCUGAA